CGCUACGGACCAAAUAAAUUUGAAUGCUACAGAUCAAUUUAUUUACAUUAAUGGAACUGCUCCUAAAAUAUGGACGAAACUUGAACAAGGAGUUAAAGGAAUUCAACCUUCAAGACGUAGAUCAACUUCAACAGUAAUCAAACCUAAUGGAACAAUAUAUAUAUUUAGCGGGAGAAUAGAAAAUGAUAUGGUUAUUAAUCAAACAACCGUUUAUCCGAAUUUACUAAAAUUGGAUGUUAGAUCCGAACAUUAUCAAUAUUAUAUAUUACAAACUUUUGGGUAA